UGAAUUUCCAUAUAAAAUUUAUUUUUUCCAUGGAUGAAUUCAAAUCAAAAUCAGAGCGUCCAUAAACCUCUCACAUUCUCAAUCAAUUGAAACUCUUAAGACGCAAUCUUGUCAAACAACCCUAAAAACAACAUAAAUCUACUAGGUCAAACUUCGUACCAGCUGACAUUAACAAUUUGAAAUAUGUGAUAUCACCUAGAUAAAUCUUCGGAAACAUUUCAUCUUCUGUGAUAUCAAUUAAAAGUAAACCUAUUUCUUAAAGUCAAAUAUAAUAUGAUCAAACUUUUUUGAAUAGAUUGCUCCCAAAAGACACCAUCAGAAACCUGAACAAUUAAACAAGAAAAAAUAACACAUUCUCACCAUUGUUUCAAUUACCAUAAGGAAGAAUGAAAACAGAUUGGAUAAACUCAAAAUAUAGAUUGUUUUGAAUUCGACUAGAC